UUACUUCUGCAAGUCAUCACUCCAACCGUGCGCUGCAUACUGGACAACCAUCGGUCUCUGGGAACAUCGUUCCCUCAUGACAUCCGGCGUUGUGGACCUCAUCCUUGUUCGAGGAUCGGAAGGAAAUACUUCAAGUCUACAGACGUCGAUGGAUGGUAGCGACCUGUCUGGUCCAGAGAUUCUGCGGCUGAGCCACCGCUUGACUUUGCGUCAUA